ACUUAUAUCCCAAGCGACGUCAGCAGCAGGCAACUACACCACACCGGGGCUGAGGAGUGGGAGACGAAGAGCAAUCAGCACCACCAGGAAAAAAAAAAUACCAGGAGCGAUACAAAAAAAUGUACGGACUACAAGGGAACAUCUGACUGUCAGUGUUGGGGCAUUUUGAAGGCGACGUUUUUCCCUAUCUUGACACAUGAAGGUCUUCUGUCAGGCUGAGCUUUCUGGUUUUUCGCCAGUUGGCUGCAAUUCCAGGGAUGGCUAGCUAAGCUAACCUAGCUAGCUAACAAUUAGCCUGCCCAUUUAGCUUCCACUGGUCACUGGGUGCAACAGGAUAACUGCCCUGAACGUGAUACUAAAGCAUUGUUCUUCAGCUGGAUUGACACAAUAGCUAUCAAUCGUCGAGUGCUAGAGACAACAGGGAUAUAGUUUCUGUGUGUUCCGUAGAUGGACAGUUUUACGGUGCGCUCAUUGUCGCUACGCGGGCGUACAGUGAUGGUUUCGGGGCGGCUAGCCUUCUACUCGGCCGGGCGACCAGCGGAGGGAUUGUACAAAUGUGGCAGCCUGUAGUGUCCCACUGUCUCUGGGACCGAAGUCUGUAGUUUUGAAAUAAAAUACUGCUUAUAUAUUUUGGAUGAGUGUUAGAUUUGCUGGCUAAGGAUUAUAAAAGUAUUUGUACGUUGAACAUUAAUCAACUUGUUAGCUUGGUCCUUAGCUUACGAGCUACUUUCCCAAACUAAAUCCAGCUGUUUGUUUUUUUGGGAAAGUGCAUCAAGUAUUUUUCACACCUGUAGUCAUCUGAUAUGUUUGCAGACAUGUUGCAUUGCACAUUUUUCUGUGAUCAGCUGUCAGCUCCUGUAACCUGAGGAUUGGCACGAGACUUUGAUUAAGCUGUCAAAAUAUUUUGACACUUGACAGCAGUUUUUACCCUGAAGAAAGGAAGGCCGGAUUCUGCAGCAAGCUCCAUUGUCAGCGUUUUGGAUAAUACUUGUUGAGUGUCGGACAUAUUUUUGAUAUUUGCUGUGAGGUGUAACCCGGCGCCCCUUGUCAGACGGGCUUUUCAGCUCAUGCGGUGAUGACUUUAGACUCCAUGAUGGCUUGUUGCCUGAGUGAAGAGGCGAAGGAGUCCAAACGAAUCAACGCUGAGAUCGAGAAACAACUCCGGCGAGACAAGAGGGAUGCGAGGAGGGAGCUGAAGCUGCUUCUGCUGGGUACUGGAGAGAGUGGCAAGAGCACCUUCAUCAAGCAGAUGAGAAUAAUCCACGGGUCCGGCUACACAGAUGAGGAUAAGAAGGGCUUCACCAAACUGGUCUACCAGAACAUCUUCACCUCGAUGCAGGCCAUGAUCCGGGCAACGGAGAACCUCAAGAUCCCGUUCAAGUACGAGCAGAACAAGAGUAAUGCCCUGGUGGUGCGUGAGGUGGACGUGGAGAAGGUCUGCUCCUUCGAGCAGCCGUACACCAGUGCCAUAAAGAUGCUGUGGACGGACCCUGGCAUCCAGGAGGCCUACGACCGCAGGAGAGAGUACCAGCUCUCUGACUCUACCAAAUACUAUCUAAGUGAUCUGGAUCGUAUUGCUGAACCGUGCUAUCUACCGACCCAACAGGACGUGCUUAGGGUUCGAAUCCCAACCACUGGGAUCAUAGAAUACCCUUUCGACUUGCAAAGCAUCAUUUUCAGGAUGGUGGAUGUGGGGGGUCAGAGGUCAGAGAGGAGGAAGUGGAUUCACUGCUUUGAGAACGUCACCUCCAUCAUGUUUCUGGUGGCGCUCAGCGAGUACGACCAAGUCCUGGUGGAGUCCGACAAUGAGAAUCGUAUGGAGGAGAGUAAAGCUCUGUUCAGGACCAUCAUCACAUAUCCGUGGUUCCAAAACUCCUCCGUCAUCCUCUUCCUCAACAAGAAGGACCUGCUGGAGGAGAAGAUCAUGUACUCGCACCUGGUCGACUACUUCCCUGAGUUCGAUGGUCCUCAGCGGGACGCCCAGGCGGGCCGGGAGUUCAUCCUGAAGAUGUUUGUGGACUUGAACCCCGACAGCGACAAGAUCAUCUACUCCCACUUCACCUGCGCCACCGACACGGAGAACAUCCGCUUCGUCUUCGCCGCCGUCAAAGACACCAUCCUGCAGCUCAACCUCAAAGAAUACAACCUGGUGUGAGGAGAGAAGGAGAGCGAAAGAGAGAGAGGAGAGAAAGAGAGAGUGACCUGCCCCCCCACACACACAAUGCAGAGUCCACUUCUACAGACACACACAUCUGCAUGAAACACACUUCACUCUAGCAGACCAACACUACACAUGUCCUGUCCUUACUUUCACAUUUUGGUAUCUGUUUUGUGGUUCCGCUUCCCAAAUACAACUCUCCCAUUUGUCCCCUUUGUUAGGGUUUGAACUGGACACGGCUCACAUUAUUUCUUUUACACUACAUUAUCACCAGUGCUUGUGUGUUGCAGGUGGGUCGAGGCUUCUCUGGGUAGAUUUGAUGGGAAAAGGGCUCUCUCCCCUUGUUCUUAUUUAACCCGUGCAUGUUAUACACUACAGAGGAGGGCCGGCUGCAGACCCUGGGUAACUAAUUACGAUGAUAGGAAUAUAUUAUCACGCAGUGUGGGGGUGCAGUGAGGUACUUGCUUUUCCCGGGUCUUGUUUUCUUUCCUUUUUGCCCCAAAUCAGAGCAAAGAAGCUCUGUUGAAUGUAAAUAACGUUGUCAUGCUGCUCACACAGAGUGAGGGCUGCACAGAGACGAUUCUCUGUACACUUUUUCAGCUUCUUCUUAGCGAUAAUAUAUCUGCUUUUCUGCAAUUACAUUUAAAUUGAAGAUGACUACUCGAAGCUAUACUCCAUUUACACUCCCCCUCGUUUCGAACAUGCAUUACAACACACAGAAUUAAGAGACAACACUACUGGUUUUCACAUACUGUAUAUCAUCACGUUGACAAAUUACAAACACCUCCUUUUGUUUCUGUAAAUAUAUUUGCCAGUAUCCUGUUCGUCCUUUACGCGGCUCAGAUGCUAACACAAUUUGGAAACUGGUAUUGCCAAAAUGAAGUGCUUGAAUAAUUAAUAUGUCGAUGGCAUAACGGCUCACUUUGUGUGGCAUUUUUUUACGUCGACUGUUGUCUGAAUCACAAAUGUAUUAGUACUGUAAUUUAUUUUCUAUGUUCCCUUUUUGAAGGUGAGAAUAAUCUUCCUGUGCACAACGAGCGAGUGAUGACACCAGAUUGGAGCAGUGCAAUAGUCUGUUGUCGAGGAAACAACGCGCUGACACUUAGCUUAAAUCACCAGUUGGUCUUGAUCAUGCUUUUUCUCCCUAAUCAACGCUUUCUUUUGCCAUAUUAUUCUGCCAACAUUUGAUAACAGAUAGCAAGAGAGUAAAUAGUUCUUUUUUUGUACGUCUAAUUUAUCAGAUCUAAGUGUUGUCGGUACAGUAAGUGAGACUUCCUCCCUAGUUUCAGCUUUUUCCAACCAAUGAGACGGGAGGAGAUUUUAUACUGCUGUAAAAAAAUCUAAACUAUUUUAUGGACAAGUGUUCUAUCUUUCUAACGAUACUUCAUAUAUUCAGUUGUUGCCGUUCUGUUUUGAAACGCUUGACAAUGGGGAAAAGAAAACACUGUUUCCAUGUCGGGUUUGUGCUUUAUGCAAAUAGGAAAAAGAAAGAUUAAAAACGUAGUGGUUGGAUAUUUACUGUCGAAGAUGCUUGCUUUGUUUUUUGGUAAUUCUUACGGAUAUGUGUUGGCUUAUUGGUUCCAAUCCCAUAUCGUGUCUCUUGCCUGGUCGUUGUUCUAAUAUUUCCAUUAAGCCGUUAGAUGGCUAUUUUUUGUCUUCACAAUGUAAUUCAGGUAAGUUUUCAUAACUUUUUCAUCACAAGGGCUACUACUAGCAGCUUUGGUAGAAAUGAAAGGACUCUAUGGACGGCAUAGAGCAAAAGGUGCAAUUAAUUAAUUAACGAGGGGCUUUAAAUCAAGAGUGUGUUCAGGUUCAUUGAAGGAGAGUGGGGGGGGGGGGUGCAGCAGUCCUUUAUUUGCUAUCUUCUGGCCUAUCUAGAGGAGAAGAAGUAGGGUUUCCCAAGGUGCAAUAGCACAUUUUUUAGCGUCAUGCCGAAUCUAACCAUCCUCUUACACUUACAUGGAUUAUGUUUGGAUAUUUUCUUGGCUUUCUAAUAUUUGUCCACUAUGUGGCAUGUCUUCUAAUCUGUAGUGUUUCCAUGUUUCACAUUGGUUGAAGGGCAGUGUUUUGUUGGAUUACAGAUCCAGCCGUACCCCCUCUGUGCAUCUGAAAUUGUUUGCCAAAAGGUUUACAAAUGAAUAUAAAUCGUAUUUUCUACAAAAAGGUAGUAUGAUCUGAAAGGUUCUCGAGACAUUCACUCACCCUGUGUAUUGCUUAUGAUUGAUUUUAGUCCCGUGCACCCAGUGGGAGUAAUCUUCUCUGGUGCAAAUGUGUAAAUGAUGUUAAAUCUUUCUAAGACACAUUAAUGAAGAAGGGAUGUUUAUGCUAAGUGCCAUUCUAUGAGUUGAAAAAAUGUUGGAGAGGUUUCUGACUUUGACGUGAAUUUCUGAUGAGAUCUUGUUUUUCCAUCUUGUAUUUGUAGUGGGUUAGUCUUCGGUGCUUCAGCCGACAUUUAAACGCCUUCUUGUCCAGGUUGACGCUUCUUACACUUCCUCGCUGACAGUCAUCUUGUGAGUGUCACUUUUGUUUGAAAUGAAGAGCUUGUGCAUGUUUGUCAGUCGAUUAAACCAGUCGAGUUUG